UCAGUUCAUCCGCAUUAUGAAUUUUACCGUGCUGAGUUUGGGUUUUUUACUAUUUAUAUUGUGCUCCUUAGACACAGUAUCUCUUCAGUCGAACGAGAAUGUUGUUUCACUUUCCGAGUGGUUCGGGUUUGUUCGGCAAGCGAAAGUGGACGUUCAGAUUCUGGAACCGCGAGGAAUACAGAUUUGGACCAAAUAUAGACCAACUGUUUCAAAUUUUGGAGUAGAGCUUCUCGUUAAUCCUACGGACUCCGAGGUUGGUUGCCAUCUUUGCCGAAACAUAAGCGUUCCACAGGAUGGAAAGUUUUUCAUUCAGGAUGAUGACCUGAUGGUGAUAUUGGGAGAUACUAUCAAGUAUAGAGUUGUGGAAAUUGAGGACAGCGAAGUUUACUGGUCGCAAUGGAGAACUAUAUUCGUGGAUAAGAGCUUUUUUGUUCAAACGGGACACUACUGCUCUUCUCAGUGUGGCAACAAUGAAGAUCAUAAGAAAAUUCAAUUCCUCAAGGAGUAUAUCGAGAAAAUGUUGGACAACUGCGAAUUAAAUCGAUUGUCGGAAAAUUUGUUCUUUCCGAUGAAACAUGCUCAAGCCCUAGUUAGCAAUCCAGAAAGGUUCGUCAAAACACGUUUAUAUUCAGUCGAUUCGCUAAAACCACUUGUGCAGCGUGUGCAAAAUGUCUAUGUAGCAGAAGAUGGAGUGGGCUUCGGUAUGCAGAACAUCUUCGAGAAGCUUACGGUGCUGGAUCUCGGCCGCAACCAGCUCGGUGUGGUGGACUUUGACGAAUAUUUGAUUGCUCCAGGCACAAGUCCUCCGGUGACGGACUCAUGAAUUCCAGCCAUGCGACAUGGCAAGUAAACGUAAACAUCGGAGUAAGUUUCUUUGCGAUGUGUGUCGGGCUGAAUUAAACUUUUCUUGCUCAAAUUUUAAUUAAGUGCAAACUCUUUAAAAUAUUACGUGACUUGAUUUUAAGAAAGCCCUCCCUGCAUCAACUUUUGUUUUUUAUAUGUAUUGCAUGAAAAAGGGAUGUUCAAUAUUGUUGUAUCAGUCGACUAUAGUUUUUGUUAAUACAAUUUAUUGUGUAUUAAACUGCACAAAAUACAUAAAAAAUAAACGUCAGUUCAUUUACAUAACUUUUACCAUUUGAGAUCAUAUCUAGUCUAAAUAAAAAUAUGGGCGUUUAAGCUAACUAAUAAAAUUUACUUCGAUGGGAAAUUCCGAACAAAUUAAACAAAACGUAAUCUUUACAUUUUUCUUUAUUGUCAACAACGGUGCUUAGUGAGAAGCGGGUUUUCCUAAUUUUUUCCUCGAAAUGAAUUUUGACGGUCAGCUUUAACGUCCUUAUUCCAUGUCAAUAAAUAUCACCUUUGAACUGACCAUUACCAGCCGCCUGUAUAUCGCUUCAAGCACCAAUAAAUCGUAGCGGCUUUUUAAAAACAUUAUUGAAUGUUCAAGUCAGGAAAAGCAGCUACAGCUAAUGAAAAUAAAUGAUAGCAGCCAUUUUCGAACACCUCUAGCACCAUCCACCAUCCUUAGAGGUGGGGACGGAUAUGGCGAAGUAGAAACACGUGGGCGCAAGGUCGCUACAUCAGAGUGUGGCAAGCUUGAAAACAAAGAGAGUUCAUCAUUUAUGCAUUUUAUGUAAACAAAUUGUAUCUACUUCACUGAUUUUGGAAAGCGAGCGCUGUUUGCUCGUUGGCCGGAGAGGUACACAUUGCUGCCAAUGAACGUUCCUUGUGAUAUUCGAAACCAUGUCGCAGCUUUCUUGGCUUCACAAAUUUCUCCCAGAACGAUAACCCAACAAAAUUUAGUGAUGGUUGACGUGUUGAUCUUUGGAUCCCUUUCCUGCCCGACCAUUGGUUCAGUUCGUCAGCUUUCGUUGUUAAAUUUAGUUAAUGGAAUUUUAAAUGAGUUUUUAACC